AUGGGGCGCAAGAAGAUCAAGAUCCAGCCCAUCAAGGGCGAGCGGAACCGCUCCGCUACGUUUUUGAAAAGGAAGGCUGGUCUUUUUAAGAAAGCACAUGAACUAGCGGUUCUGACAGACUCUGAUGUCGCGGUUCUUGUGUUUAACCGCAAUGGGAAACUCGCUGAAUUCUGCUCAGGCAACAUCGAAGAAUUCCUUCUCCGCUAUACCGAAUAUUCCGGCACAGUCGAACGUCGUGGACCAGAACACUUUGCCGGUCUCGAUGACCAGGCGCUUGAGCAAGAGCGCGCUCUGCCACCGCCGACGUGGUCUAGUCGCCAACCAUCCGAGGUGAUGGCCGCGACGCAUGCUCGAAUUGACAGUCGGAGGAUGAGCCAUGAGUCCAAAAUGCAGAUGGAGCCUGCGGCAGCGCUGCAGUCGGAAUGCCAGAAAUGCACGGCCUCUGCUUUUCCGCUGUCUCAGGCUGAUAUGAAUGAGGUCAUCCUGUCUGCAACAUCUGCAUCCAGCCCUGGGGCAAGCACGGCGGGAACUGGGAUGAGUCCUAGUUCUGGACCUGGCUCGGCACCCGCAUCUACGUACAUACAAGACAGCGUGUCGUUAGCUCCAAUGGCACCAAAUAUCGUAUCAUCUAUAUCAUCGCCAUCAGACUUGUCAUUCCGCGAGCCUCCCACAUCGAGCGACUGGGAAUUCUUGUCACAGUCGCGCCAUCUGCACCCGAAUUCGGCGCGCUUGGCAGCAGAUCGAGUCAUGCCAAUGAGCACAUCAGAUACAAGGCCGCUCUCGGCAACAUAUACGCGCUGGAGCCAUCCGCCACUAGAUAUGAAUUCACCGAAUAUGUUUCCCUCGCUUAUGAGUGCGGAUAACAUGGACGCACGCAGGGUACCGACAUCAUUGUCACAAGCAUCUUCGCCACCUCAAUCUGCCCCUAUUCCGCCGACACAGUCAACACGGUCAACACAGCCAACACAACCGCCCAAGUGUACGCCGACGCCACGACUCCAGCUGACUCCUGUGAUGGAUGAGACGCCGAAUCAGGUGAUGCGCUCCCCCACAUGCUCGGAUCGUGCCUUUUCUAUACCAAUGGCUGCGCUUCCCUCAAUGGGAGUUAGCCGGAAUCCUCAUGAAUCUGCAUUCAUGCAUCGUCCUUCUAGUGUAAGUAUCUCUCCGACGUCGUCGAUCAUGCCGGCGCCGACGCCCCUUCCAAGUCCCAUUGAAGCAGUGUCUUUUCAGCAAGCUCAGCAGAUCUCUCCUGCACCCGAUUCAUCUUGCUUUCCGUCUUAUGAUGUAAAAGUGCCAUUGAUGUCCAAUGAGGCUUCGCUCUCGUCUACGGGGGCACCAGCGCAUCCGGACAUGGAUUCUUCUCGUCUCAUGAUGGAGCUUCACGAACGGCACAAUAGCAUACCGCCGCCUGAUCUCUUAUCACCUUCGCCUAUAGUUGGAGCCCAACCCAUGUCUCGCUUCACUACCUAA